UUUUAAUUCCACAAGCUUCCUCUUCUUUCUCACUCUCUCUCUCUCUCUCUCUAUUGUUGCCUCCGCCAUAGCUAAAAGCUCACCAAACCUCUCUCCAAAACCCCGCGUUGAAAAAUGGGAGACUCCAACAGCAUAGCGGAGGAGCAGAAGAACCCCUUCGUAGUCUUCUUCACGAACUUACUCGCCUCAAUUAAGCUGCCCUUCCCCCCGAAGAAAAACGACGCUAAGCCGGAACACGCCGUGGAAGCAGCGGAGCCGCUGAAAUCGGCGGCGGAUGAGGAGAAGAAGCCAGGAUUCGUGACGUUUCCGCGGCAGAGCGUGGAGGAGAUCAAAUUGGAAGCGGAGGCUGAUGCAGCUGGACGGACUACUAAUCCGUUGAUUUUGUGGCAGGUUUAUGCUUUAGGCGGAAUUUUAGUUGCGAGGUGGGCAUGGAUGAGGUGGAACGAGAGGAAGGGACAGAAGAAGCCAGACGAUGGUCCUCCCCCGUCUCAAGACUAGCCUCUUUGAUCCUUCAAGUAAAUGGAUUAGAUAUAUGGUGUUCAUAAUCAUGGUCUAUUCUAUGAAGAAAAUGUAGUUCAUACACUCAAAAUAUCAACUUUCUUUUACAACUGCGCUGCCCCUUUUUUUCUUGGUUCA